AUGGGUGGCCUCAGGAUUCUCAGCGACGCCGUUGUUCACGACAUCUUGAUCAACUCGCAAAAAGAUGGCAUCUUGCGUCUCCGAGAUGCUCUUCUGAAAUGCUUAGUCAACGUUUCCAAGGGCACAGAAAAGGACUACCAACCUCAGGUUGGCGUAGUCAACAGACCUGAAGGCCAAAAGUGCCUCUUCCGGCCUUUUUCUUCCUCAGACAGUUUCGGUACAAAGAUCGUGGUUACACCAGCGCCAUCCUCGAAAGCAGCCGGAGCGCUGCACGGGAUAGUCACUCUAUGUGAUCAAGAUGGCUACCCGACCGGUAUCAUCAAUGCCGAGGAACUCACCGGCUACCGCACUUCUCUUUCCGCUCUGAUUCCCUACAUUUGGAGACGAUACACGGACAAGAUUGUCGUUUUCGGCGCCGGAAAACAGGCACUCUGGCAUCUCCGCUUGGCUCUCGCUCUGCGUGGCGACGAAGUCAAGUCCAUCGUCGUCGUGAACCGUUCUGAGGAGCGUGCACAGCAGUUGAUCAGCAGAAUCAAGGACGAGAACCAGAGGCUGUGGAAGUCUUCGACAACCAUCGACUACCUCGCUCCCUCUAGCCCCGAUUAUGAACUCAACAUCAAAGAACAUCUAUCCGUCGUGGACGCCAUUUUCUGCACAGUUGGCACUACGAGCCCGCUGUUCCCUGCCGACUACAUCACCAAGGGACGAAAGACGAAUCGGUACCCCUUCAUUUCAGCCGUGGGAUCCUGGCAGCCCAAUAUGAUUGAACUCGAUCCCGAGUUGCUUCGUUUCGCCGCCGGCAAUGUUGGCGAAGGUUUCCAGCGAAGCAAGGAGUCGAAGGGUGCAGUUCUUACAGAUGACCGUGAAGGUGCUCUGCAUCAUGCCGGAGAAGUCAUCCAAAGCAAGCUACAGCCUGACAGCCUCGUGGAGGUGGGCGAGGUUGAACUUUCGCGGCAAGCGGGAGACCACAAAGACCUGUUCAAAUGGAUUGAGGAAGGUCUCGUGGUUUACAAGAACAUUGGUGUUAGCACGACGGACCUUGCAAUUGGCAACGCGCUACUGGCCAUUGCAGAGGAAGCAGGAACCGGAAUUGUUGUACCUGAAUUUUGA